AUGGAAGACUAUGAUGUGUUCAAAGAACUAGGGGAUGGCUCCUUUGGAACAGUUAUACAGGCUAAACAUAAACAUACAGGGCAAAUGGUAGCGAUAAAGACAAUGAAAAAGAAAUUCUCUUCGUGGGAUAAAGCAUGUGAACUACGAGAAUUCAAGGCAAGGCGCAAGUCAGCCAUUGAUGCAGAGACAAAUGAGCGCCUAAUACAUUAUUGGGAUGAUGGAGAGGGUGUAUGCAAGGAAGAAAAGGGAAAUGAUAACUGGAAAGAGGAUAAGCGGAACUGUGCCGUGGAUGAUGUUGAUGUAGGGGCCGAUGACGAAAACGUAGAGUAUAUUGUGAAAGUAGGAGAUUUUGGGCUAACCAGAGAGAUAAAAUCACGUCCACCAUACACAGAAUAUGUCAGCACCCGGUGGUACCGCGCGCCUGAAGUCCUCCUGCGUUCUCCAUCCUACUCAUCUCCCGUCGAUCUAUGGGCCGUUGGUGUGAUCAUGGCCGAAGUAUGCACACUAAAACCGCUUUUCCCUGGUCAAAGCGAAAUUGAUCAAAUGUUCAGAAUAUGCGAAGUAUUGGGUAGCCCGACGCCUGGAGAUGAUGCAGUCGGACAGAUUGGGGGGAUGGGUGGGGGUGAUUGGAAAGAGGGCGUGAAGUUGGCUAAGAGCAAAGGAUUUUGUUUCCCUGCUAUACCACCUCAAAACAUAGCCAAAAGAUUACCUCGCUCCACACCCCCAACAUUUAUUCAACUUCUUUCGCAUCUACUUCGCUAUAAUCCUCGACAACGGUUGACAGCUCUUGAUGCUUUACUUCACCCGUACUUUGCCGAAGCAAAUCUUCAUUUCAUUCCUACGGAAAUAACUGAUGAAGUAAAGUUAUCAAAAGUGGGACAAGAAAGGAAAAGAAAGAUGGAUGGGUUUUACGGAUUUAGAAAAUUAGGGUACGGAACGGAGAAUAAGAAAGGAGUAAAGUAUUCAUGGUGUAAGGGCGAAGAACUGGGGGAGCGAGAGGGAAAAGAACAUUUAGACAAGGAUGUAGUCUUAAUUCCCUCAGCACGAUCGUUGCCGUCAUAUUCUCCGCUUAGUGCAAUGGAAAACAAUAGGUCAUGUCUUCUAUCAUUAAACAUCGAUGCUGCGCAUGAUGUGAACUUGGGAGACUAUGUAUUGCCUUCGAUAGAAACCAUAUCUCCCUUCACGGGAGGUUCAAAUCUAUCAAGUUAUCCUUUCCCCUCCAAACACACAAACGAUGAAAGUAACACUGGAAGCGAGUCAGAGAGGCUCUCAAACACAAGGUCUGGCUCUCUUUUCCCACCGUCGCCAUUAUCACCAUUAUCAUCGUCGGCUCCCCAUCCAUUCUAUAUCGGACAAAAGAUGUAUAAAAGUUCAAAGGCUUACGAGACAGUAGCUAGUAAUUCUAACGAGAAAACAAGCGAAAAAGCAAACGAAAAAUCUUUUCCGCAUACACGACAAAGAUCAUACACGGCCAGCUCUAUCGAACAAUUUAAAGACCUCCCUGCCAUUCCAGCACUAUCCACCUUUGCUUCGCAACCCACAACUUCACCCUCUUAUCUUCACGCCAACCACCAUUCUCAAAGUUCUCCAAACCAAUCAUCUCUGUACUCGUCCACGAAUCACCAAUCUACAGCAAUUCUGCCUACAUCCCCAGGUCCUCCAUCUACAACUGAGUCAUCCUUCUCCAACAAAUCUACUCUUUCUCCCACUAAUUUCGACAUCCGACGAUAUCACCUCCCGGAAGACGUGAUAAGGUUCUUUACUCAAGAGGAUGCAUCCUCCCGCCCUCGCAUGUCGGUGCGAAAGCCUUCGAGAGACUUUAUGCGUACGCAUAGAAGAUAUUCGUCGGCUUCCGCUGCGACAAAUGAAAUUAUACUGGAAGAAGGGGAUUUAUGUGAGAUUAAAUUUGGAAACAACAGACAAACAAGAAAUAGCGAUAACAAGACAGACGAAAUACGGAAAUCUCAUGGAACGGUUGAGAAAGACGGUAACGUGACUACUGAAGCCCACUCUCGUAAUGAUAGCGGUUAUUCAAUAAGCGAGUCUUUUGUUUAUGUAAAUCCUGCAGAAGAACUUGCCGAUAUUCAAACUGAACACGCUGCCAAGUUUGAAAAAGAAAAAUGGUGGAAGCUCGAUCGCAAAAAGGAACAAAAGCGCGAUAGCCAAUCCGUCGAUACCAACAAACCAACCGCCCCCAGUAACGGAGCUCUCACAUCUGAAUUUGGAUCAGUUCAUUAUGGAAAGCAUUUAAAAACGUGGCGGCAUGUGAAAGAUGGAAAGGAGGAUAGAAAGAGUGGUAUCAAUACCGAAAAGGAGGAUAGGAGCUGGGUCGGGUCGGUUGGAGAAGCUUUGGAGUCGGCUUUUGACGGAAACUUUAGUUCUUUAAAUCCGUUCUCAACUCGUCGCAAUGCACAAACUCCACCAUCUACAUCUUCACAUCCAUCCAACAAACCUCCAUCUCUCUCUAUGCAGCACUUGUCGUACAUGCCUUCUCCAGAUCCAUCACCGACGCGACGUACGAGAAGAUUUUCGGGAAAGCAAACUUCACCAACAACAGCAAGUCCGACGACCUCUUCUCCGGCUAUUCCUAUUACCGGCACUACUACGAAAGCACGACCGAGUUUUUCUCAAAAUGAACCAUUAGAAACAGCAAGUAUAUUCACUAAUCUUAAUGGUAUCAUAGGAUCAAUAAAAUCGUUAGGCAGCGAUAGCAGCUUUGCAAGUGGGAAUGGUAAUGGGCUGCGGGGAGAGUUUUGGACUUUGGCUGAAGUUCCCGAGGAUGAAAGUGACGACGAGUUUGAAAUCGAUGAGAUAUACAGUAGCAGCACAGCCAAGAAGCCGGCCACAGCUCUCGAUUCCUGGAUUUCUAAACCUUCCACUCACCAAUCUAAUCACACAUCAAAUGGUUUCAAAAAAAGCCGGACACGUAGUGGUGGGCAGGGACUGUUUGGUGCUUGGUCCAAGAGUGCGAGUGGGAACAACCGUGGUCUAGCAAGGAGUAGCAGUGUUGGGAGUAAGAGGACUGGUAAGGGUUCAGGGAACAAUGAAAAAUUGAGUACAAGUGCAAGUCAAUUUGUAUAA